AUGGUUUUUGAAUCAGUUGUUGCAGAGCUUCUCAAUAAAGUACUUGGCGAGUACAUUGAAAACUUGGAUUAUUCUCAACUUAAACUUAGCCUAUGGGGAGGUGAUGUUGUAUUAAAAGAUUUGUUAAUAAAAGAGUCUGCAUUGGAUGUGUUAGAUCUUCCAGUGAGAUUGGAAUAUGGUCGUUUAGGCAAGUUGAUAUUGAAGAUUCCAUUCAAAGAUAUGUGGAAUGGCCAGAUUGAUGCAAUAGUUGAAGAACUGUUUGUACUCAUAGUGCCUACAAGUCAAGUUGCAUAUAAUGAAGACAAAGAAAUUAAAGCACAAUUAGAUGCUAAACGGGCAGAGCUCGUAAGAGUGGAGAAAAGAAAACAAUUGGCGGACCUAAAAUCACAAGAAAAAUUAGAUGAUUCGAUGGUAGAGAAGUUAAUUGCUCGUAUGAUCAAAAAUAUUCAUGUGGAAAUCAAGAGAAUUCACGUACGGUACGAGGACCAUGUUACUUUCAAAAAUCACCCAUUCUCUGUUGGCUUCACUUUGAACACCUUCGUUUUGGAAAGUUGCACGGAUUCUUGGGAGACUACUGGCAAUCUAAAAGACAUGUAUGCCAUCCCACAAAUCUACAAAUUAUGCGGUUUGGAUGGUCUAGCCGUCUACUUAAAUACGAGUGUGGAGCAGUUCAGUAAAAGCUCACAUUCGUCAUAUCCUAGUCUCUUCUGCAGUGGUAUUGCCACCAUGGAUUACACUCCGGCCAAUUAUCAGUAUCUCUUGGGGCCAAUUAACGUGAAGUCCAAGCUCAGGCUCAAUCCUAAACCUGAGUCCGAUGGCAGCAACUAUACCAUCCCCAAAGUAUGGUUGGAUCUGGAGAUGCAGAGGUUACGUAUUGGCUUGACUAAACGCCAAUAUCAUACUUUGGUGCGAUUGGGCGAAGGUCUAGAUCAGGCUCAGAAAGCCGCUCCGUACCGAAAGUACCGACCCAAUCUAACGUCGUACAGGAGCCACUACAAAGAGUGGUGGCAUUUUGCGUACACGUGCGUGUUGGAGGAAACCGUGCGGCGAUGUCGCCGCAAUUGGGACUGGAAUCACAUGAAAGACCACCGUGAUGCUUGUCGUUCUUACGCCCAGGCCUACCAAACAAAGUUAACAACGAAGAAACUGGCAAAGAAUAUCGAGGAAGAGUUAACGCACUGCGAGAAAAAGCUCGACAUCUUCAAUUUAGUGAUCAUCCGGCAACAGAUUGAGAUGGAAGUGGAAAGAUUGGCAGAGAAAGAGAAGAGCCUGCGGGCGAAGCGAGGCUGGUUCGGUUUCCUGUGGACCAGUUCGCAGGCUGAAGAGACGAAGGAACUGAACUCUGCUGCUGCCAUCAUGCGUAGAUUUGAAGAGGCGAUGACGCCUCAGGAAAAGGAGAAACUCUAUCGGGCGAUAGACUACCAAGAAAACAGCGCACCCGCAUACUACCCUGAGACCUACGAAAUGAUAGACACACGUUUCUUCCUGCAUGGACUGCAGAUUUCGUUGUUGGACACAGAUAAAGAGCAUUCGUGUAUUUUAGACUUGCAGUUGCAUGGUGUCCGAGCAGGCUUCAAGUCGCGGCCAUCAGCCAAUGGCAUUCUCGUCACCGCCUCUAUUAGCGACAUGAAGCUCUUGGGCGCGAUGCAAGACGAUCGCGUGCCCUCGCUUUUCAUUUCCAAACACGGCAGUUCUGAUAGCGCUCUGCUGUCGUUAUCCUACGAGAAGAAUCCUAUCGACAAAUUGUGCGGCGACCGCGUCAUUGUCAAUUCCAGGUCUGUCGACAUCGUGUACGACGCUCAAACCAUAAUCGAGCUAGUUAACAUGUUCAAGGUGCAAGACUCGUCGACGUUGACUCAGCUGCAGACAGCCGCUGCAGAGCAACUGGAGGGCUUGAAGGAGAUGUCGGCACUUGGACUGGAGUAUGCCAUAGAGAAGCAUUCUGUGCUGGAUUUACAAGUGGAUAUGCAAGCUUCGCAACUGAUCAUACCUCACGGUGGCCUCUACGACGACUCGAAAGCGCUCAUUGUCGUCAACCUAGGUAGUCUGAAGAUGCAUUCUCUGGAGAAAGGCAAGAACGACAUGACUGGCGCCAGCGUGAAACAGCUGGUCAGCAUGGGGAAAAGCGAGAAGGACAUACUAACGCAUCUGAGGGAACACAGUUACGACAAAUUUGUCUUGAAGAUAGUCAACUUCCAGGUGCUGGUCUCACUGCCGAACGAAGAGUGGCGAACAGCCUUGGCGAGUACCGAGAGCUCUUUGACGUUGCUACAUCCGACGACGUUGGAAAUCCAAUUUCACAAAUGUCUGGUGACGGACGACCCGUUACUGCCUAAGCUCAGACUCCUUGGGCAGCUACCAUCGGUGACUGUGAACAUAACGGACGUUCGCUUGUUGCAAGCGCUUUGUAUAGUGCAGAGUAUUCGUUUGCCCACGGAGGAUAAACCCGUGGAGUUGCAACGUACUUCGCUUUCGAAAUCCAUUUCGCAGUUGUCCCUGAGAGAACUCACCGCUAUAUCUACCAAUCUUGCCGACAAGAAAAAGCAAGAGACGGCCUUACCGAUGAAGCAAACGACCGACCUAGAGAUGAAAUUCGAGAUGAAGGAGUUUACACUGUCAAUGUCUAGACAAAAGAACGAAACAGCUUCAGAGUUUGUCAGAUUUCAGGUACUACAAUUGGAGGCGGAAAUGUUGCAGCGCACAUAUGACCAAGAAGUGUUGCUGAGACUCGGUGGCGUGCAGAUGAAGCAACGACACGAAGAUCACGAGAUCUUCAUGAUCAACACUCCGAUGUCGGCUGGCAGGGAUGAGUACUUAAUUGUCGUGCGUUAUAUAAAUGUGAACAAACGCUCGCCUGAGUUCACUACCAGGCAUGGUUCUGUUGUGAAGUUGUUGCAGCUGGAAUUCACUUCACUGGACACAUUGCUGCACCAGGAAGCGCUUAUAGAGUUGUUGAGAUUCGGCACGUAUAUUCAGGAUCAGAUGAAUUCCUUAUCCACGACUUCUCCGAAGAAAGAUGCAGCACGCGCAACACGACCGACUCAUUUAGCCUCCAUCCAGGAAGAAACGUCAGGUUUCUUGAAGGAACAUUUGCAAAAACAGAUGCUGAGACCUACUGGUCGACGUAAAAGAAGCACAGUCGAGUAUAUCGACUUGAAGGUGAGUGCCAAAAUUGGCUCCAUCAAUCUGAAGAUAUCCAGUUCUGCCAGAGAUAUAACUGCACUGUACAUUGAGAGAAUCAGUGCCGGCUUCCUCAGCAAAUCUUCCUACUCUCAAGUAAAUGUUGAUUUGGCUUCCAUCAGCGUCAAGGAUCUUAAUCCCAGUUGCGCGUACAAAGAUAUUAUCGCAGUGGAAGGUACGGAAUCUUUGCAAGUUCAAAUGGUGAUGUAUAAUAUCGAGCAAUGGGAAGUAGAUAAGAAUAACAUGUCCAUCAAGGUAGUCAUGGGCUGCCAUCGCAUCGUAUUCCUGAAUGCUUUUGUCUCCGGCGUGAUGAAUUUCCUGAACAAUUUCCAAGCAGCGCAAAAAGCUAUCAAGGACGCGUCGGUGGCAGCGGCAGAAGCUGCGAAAACGAACAUCAAGGAUGUUCAAGAAAGCGCCUCUCGCAUCGAACUGGCUAUUAAGAUCAAAGCGCCUGUUGUCUAUGUGCCAAUGAAUUCCAAGAGCGAGCACAGCCUAAUGUUAGAUAUGGGCAACCUUAUGAUAUGCAAUGUCUUCAAAAAGCUGGAGGUAACCAACGAAGAAUCUGGCGAGUGGCCUAUAGUAGAUGAAAUGAAAAUUGAGCUACAAAACCUGAAGCUUUCACGAGUGCGAUUGAAUAUGGAGAAAUUUGUGAGCGAGAACGAGGUAUUGCUGUUGGAACCGGUAACCUUUACGCUACUCAUGAAGCGCAAUCUGUCCACCGCCUGGUUUACAUCUAUCCCGGACAUCGAAAUGUCCGGCAGAUUGAACAGGAUCAACCUAUUGUUGAGUAAAGAGGAUUACGCCACGAUCCUGAAGGUAGUGGAGCAGAAUUUAAGCGAGACCUUCGAGAAUGCGAAACCUGCGCAAUCUGCACUACCAGCAGUCAAGUCUGAGCACAGUGGAGAGUUGGAGAUCCAGCCGGCAUACAGGUACGAAGCCGAUGCCUCGCGAGAACCCCGGACAACGGACACACAGCAGCAGCUGCACGCACACACAUCGGUUAAGUUUGAGUUCAUUAUGGACAGUUUGAUGAUUAAUCUGUACACGGGCGGCUCUAAGCUGCUGCAGUCGCAGACUUCGCCAUUACAUUUGCCAGAAAACGGACUGGCUCGUUUCAGUUUAACGCAUUUCGCUGUGAAAGGCCGAGUGUUCGCAGACGGUUUGCUCGCCACGUCGAUCUUGCUGAUGAAUUGCACGCUGGAUGACACGCGGCAGAGUAGGGAGGGUUCGCUGGUGCGGAUCAUGGAGAGGACCAACGUGGUGGUACCAAGCGGCGAGGAUCUCGAUAAAGAAGCUAAAUAUGCUAGGAGUAUGCUGGACGUAACGGUACGUCAAGGUCCGAACGAUACGUUCGCAGAUGUUCGCGUGUUCUCCUUCAGCAUUAUUGUGUCCCUCGACUACCUCAUGAAGAUCAAGGAUUUCUUCGACGUAGACACCACCAAUAACAAGAAUACCGCCAUCGCGCAAUCCACAUCGAAGUACUAUAACGAGCAGAUAGCGUUGAAGAAGAAACAAACGUCGCAACAAGCAGCAGCUGCUUCAAGUCCAAAGAUGUUAACUGUAUACUUGCAUGUGGAGAAACCAGACAUUAUUCUGCUCGAGGACAUGGACGAUAUCAACUCGAACUGUAUUGUAUUGAACACGGAAUUACUGCUGAAAGUACGCAUCAUGGGCGAGCAUCAAGUGAUCAACGGCACUAUCAAGGAUCUUUCUUUAUUGGCGGGGAUAUAUAAUCCAACUAAGAGAGCUGAUUGGAUCUAUCAGGUGCUAAAACCAUGUAGUAUUAGCGUGGCCGGUUCUACGCCUGAAGGUAAAGGGCUUCACUUGGAUAUUAGUUGUACGGACAUACAUAUCUCUGUUUCGCCAGGUGUGAUCGAAAUAUUGAACAAGGUUAUUCAUACGGUGACGAAGAAGGAGGAGGAAGAUAAGGAAGUCGUUAAGCCUGAACCGAACUACGAGGGAUUGUGGAUCAUCACGCCUUUUGAGGAAGAUGAUUAUUGGUUCCUGAAGACAGAAGUUGCAACAGAAGCUCUCGAAGAAUUCGUGUAUGCAGAUGAUGUAACAAUUUACAAACCCGAAUUGGCACUCGUCUCAGCACCAACGAUCUUACUGACGUUGGAGGCAGGUGUUGGUAACAAAACUCUGCCUAUGCUAUUACUCUGCGUGAGCAUUCAAAGUAACAUAAAUGACUGGAGCACAAAAACCAUGAACGUAGACUGUACUAUGUCUAUGACCAUGGAAUACUACAAUAGUCGCCUCGCAAUGUGGGAGCCAUUAAUUGAACCGAUACAGAACUACAUCAAUGGCAAACGCGUGCCUACACCGUGGGAGUUAAAGACGAAGGUUCAAUUCAAUGAUAUACUGCUGGACUCCAGAGGUGCCAGCGCAGUCAGCCCCACUUCCGACAGCGAGUUCGACAGCGAGCUGCAUCAGUCUACUAAGAUGUCUAUCGAUAUUACGUCCACCGACAAUCUGGAAAUAACAGUGACGAAGACGUGUCUGGACGUGUUGAAGCAGCUUGGCCAGGCGUUCUCUUCAGCUAUGGACAUCAGUAGGAAAGGGCUCGCCAGAAAGGUGGCGCCAUUUCUAUUGAAAAACGAGACUGGCCUAGGAAUGAUACUUGACCUGGAGCACAGCCCUUUCAAGAUUUUCGACGAUGGAUCGAGGAUAAGAGACAAUAGCGAUUCGUAUAUGGAAGUGAUUCUUGAGACUGGAGCAUCGAUAGAGCUUGCACCGAAAACAACCAAACUGGAUAUACGCAUUUUCGAACAACAUGCUUUCGAAAGCAAUAAGUUUUCUGUUUCUUUCAAAGGUAUACAAAGCAAAUUGGCAAUACCUGUGUUGAGAGCGGACAAGAGAUUCUUCUCAUUGAAGCAUCGUAAAGAGGGUUCCGAGGAAUGGGGUAUCGUAUCAGAUGUCAUCGUGGAGGAGGGCAGUACGAUCGUCACUCUCAGAAGCAUCCUUCAAGUUCACAAUCAUUUCGCACAGCCGAUAUCGGUUUACUAUAUGACAAAACGCGGAAAUGAAGUGGAGUGUGUAGGUACAGUAGCACCAGACGAGAAACUCAACUUACCACUGGAUGCCGUUUAUACCCCAACGAACAUAUACUGGUUGUUCUUCAGCGUCGAUGGAUAUAUGGUAUCAGUAGAACCAUUUAUCUGGAAGGAUCUGCAAAAGACAGUUUCGAUGACAAAGCUGUUGAAGUGCGAAUCUCGAUCCAAGCAAGAUAUUACAGAACCCUUUUACAUCCAGGUAUUAGGGGAGAUCGAACAGGUAUAUUUCGAGAAUACCACUCGUCAUACUAUGGCUAGUACUAUCUACAACGUACAUCUAUAUCCGUCUGUGUAUCUGAAGAACUUUUUGCCGAUCGACAUAAUCAUCUGUUUGCCUGGUACCGCACAGGAAAGCUUGCUUGAAGCUAGUGCUUCCUUGCAAAUUCCUACGAUUGAUCCAGUCAAAUCACAUAUAAUAAUCAAGCUACCUAAUUACCUAGAGAAAGAUUGGUCAUGCAGAGGCGAAAUAUUAGCAAAUCCACCAGAGUUUGCAGUCUGGUCGUUCGAAUCUUUUGAUAGCGCACAGAAAGUUGUCCUGGAUCUUGGAAUGCACACGUCUCACAUGCACGGAUCGAUCAUCAUGGCACUCUAUUGUCCUUUCUGGAUGUUAAACAAGACCGGCUUGAUGCUGUCAUAUAGGAAAUCAAGUAAAGGUGGCAAAGAGCACUCGAGUCCAAUCAAGAAAUUCGUUUCUGCUAUGAAACCACAUCAGCAACGCGCACGGUACAGGAAGAGGAAAACGCGCGCGACUACGGACGAUCACCUGAACGUUCUGUAUCACCCGGAACAUUUCAAAGGACCCAUUCUGUUCUCGUUCCGCUCCAAAACCUUCUUCGGAAAAAAGAAAGCCAUGAUCAGGGUGGAGGACGGUGAGUGGUCCGACAAAUUCUCCAUUGAUGUUGCCGGUAGCGAAGGCGUGGUGGCUUGCAAAUACAACGGAAUGACUUAUCAGAUCGGCGUACAUAAUCAGUUGACGUAUAACUCAUUGACCAAACAGAUCACAUUUACGCCAUACUACAUACUCAUCAACAACGCAAAUUUCCUUAUAGAAUGCCAGGAGGGCGAUCGACCAGCUGAUUCAAUGAUUAAGGUGCCUCCUGGUGAAUGUGCUGCCUUGUGGCCUCGUACCGAGCAUGAAAACAAAACUCUGAAGGCAAAGGUCUCAGGUCAGCCUGAGAAAACUGCUGCGUUCAUUUAUACAGACAGCCACACGACUUUAUUAAAGCUAGACAAUAAGUAUGGAGGGAUCAAUGUAGACGUACAAAUGAACGAAGGCGGCGUUUAUAUCUCCAUGUCAGCUUAUAGUCCAGGCAACGCGCCGGCUUUGAUCAUUAAUCAUACGGCACAUACUAUCAAUCUCUGGGAAAAAGGUUCGAUCAACGUUAGAUCCGUGCAGUCAUUCAAUAGAAUGUUUUAUACUUGGGAAAAUCCAGCGGGCCCACGAAAGAUAGUUUGGGAAGAUAACAAUGGCAAAGAAAUCGAAGACAAUCUUCGUAAGGAUAAUCUCGGCGCCUUUCAAUUGCCGGAAAUAAACGAAGAAAUGUUCUAUGUGUCGUUCUUAGACGGUACUCAGCGAAUACUUUUAUUCACCAAAGCUCUGAAGAUCGCCGAAGACUGCCAGUUAGCCGGUGAUCUGGAAAUUAUCGACCAAGAAAUCAUAAUGAACAUUCAUGGUAUCGGCUUCUCUCUCGUGAACAACAUCACCAAGUCCGAAUUGUUGUACAUGUGUAUUGCUAGCUCUGGAAUUAUAUGGGAGACACGUAAAAACAUGGGUGGUCGGUGGCGAGCAUUAAACGCCAAGGAAGUCAACGCCAUCGAGGAAGGAUACCAACAUUAUUUGAAAGAACUGCACGUUGGCAAGGAAGCCGAUUAUCGUGUUACGCUGGAACCGAAAUUAAUGGUUGAUUAUUUGAAUAUGGAGAUGAUAAAACCACACCGCAGAUACAUGAGGCGUACCUUCCAGACCGGGCUCUGGUUACAGUAUCGCACUUCAGCACAUCAGGUCCAAAUGCAUGCUAAAAUUAAUCGUCUUCAGAUCGACAAUCAGUUAUCAGAAUGCGUCUUCCCAAUCAUACUGGCACCAGUACCGCCGCCGAAAAGUGUCACGCAGAGCACAGUAAUGAAACCGUUCGCCGAACUUAGUAUGGUCAAGCGACUGUUGGAGCACAGCAACGUACAACAGUUCCGAUAUUUUAAAGUGCUAAUACAAGAAUUUCAUAUCAAAGUGGAUAUUGUCUUCAUAAACGCGAUAAUGGGUCUUCUCGAAGCGAAUGAAGUAAAUGACGCGGAAGAAAGCGCAUUAUUCCGAACCGACAUGAAAUUGGUCAACGAACCACUGAUGUAUCACGUUAAUCUGAUCACCACAGCUGAACAGAAGAAUUUCUUCGAUCUGUUGCACUUCUCGCCACUUAAGAUACAUAUCAGUUUUUCGAUGACCGGCAGCGGAAGUGGACCCUCGGCACUACCGCAAGUGCUUAAUGUACUGUUGCAAGGAAUCGGCGUGACAUUGACGGAUAUCAACGACAUUGUCUUCAAAUUGGCGUACUUUGAAAGAAAUUACGUGUUCAUGACACACAAGCAACUCAUUUCUGAGGCAACCACGCAUUACGCAGGCCAAGCGAUCAAACAGGCGUAUGUACUUGUACUAGGACUUGAUGUUAUCGGCAAUCCUUACGGACUCGUAAUAGGAACUAUGAAAGGUAUCGAAGAUCUAUUUUACGAGCCUUUUCAAGGAGCUAUACAAGGCCCGGGAGAAUUCGCCGAAGGCCUGUAUCUCGGAGUACGCAGUAUGUUGGGUCACACCGUCGGCGGAAUGGUAGGCGCUGUGUCAAAGAUUACAGGAGCGAUGGGCAAGGGUAUUGCCGCUCUGACGUUCGACAAGGAUUACCAGCGCAAACGGCAAGAGCAACUUAACAAACAACCCGCUAAUUUACAGGAGGGAAUUGUUCGAAGCGGAAAAGGCUUAGUGAUGGGUGUAGUCGAUGGUGUGACGGGUGUAGUAAUGAAGCCUAUAUCAGGAGCGAAAGAGGAAGGAGUAGAAGGAUUUUUCAAAGGCUUCGGAAAAGGUGUCGUUGGGCUUGUCACUAGGCCUACUGCUGGCGUGAUUGAUUUCGCGAGUGGUUCUUUGGGAGCUGUUAGACGGGCUACCGAACUAAAUGAGGAAACGAAAAAAGUAAGGCCGCCUAGAUUUUUGCAGCCAGAUAGUCUCGUUAGGCCGUAUAUCAAAGACGAAGCCGAAGGCAAUAAGAUCUUGAUGGAAUUGGAUAAGGGGAAAUACGCACACACUGAUGUUUAUCUUUAUCACGUAUUCAUUAAUAAAGACGUGUUAUUGCUUACUGAUAAAAGAUUGUCAUAUCUCGAACGAAGUGAUUUGUUAGGCGGUUGGCGGGUUGACUGGACUUACACUUGGAAUGAAUUCAGCGAAUCACCGAAAAUCGUAGAGAGAGGCGUACAAAUUUUCACUAAAGACGCCAGUAAAAAGAAGAAACUUGGCAAUCUGUUCGGUAGCGCAGAUCAGUCAAAGAUAAUCUUAAUAACGGAUUACGAUAUUAAACAGUUAUUAUACAGUAAGAUGCAAGAGCAGAUGAAUCAGUGCGGAAUAUAAUAGAGCAACGUAUACAUAUGAAACGCUUGAGCAGCUUCGAAAAGAAAAAAAACAAGAUUUUUAAAAGAAGAAAAGAGAAGAGCGACAAAGGAAAAGUGCUUCUUUACUUCAAAGACGCUUUGCGAGCAAAUUCGCACAAUUUCUAUGCGCACUUUCUACGAAUACUACUUAUAAGACUGAUACUACGUAGCCGUGAUAACCUAAGUCAGAAAGACACCAAUUAUAGUAUCGAGAAACCGAUCGCGAAAGAACGUGGUAUCUUUUCACUUUUUACCAUAAACGCAUAAAAAAUCUUGUGUUGUCGGUAUCUGUACCGAGCGAGAAGUAUUAGGUUGUAUGGUGCGAAUAAUUCGUCAGAGUUUAACAAUAGAACUGUAUAGUUCCGAAAUAAUUUUUAUCAAUUAAGAUAAUCACUAUUGUGUGUAAUUUCGGUAUAUAUAUUUUUUGUCAUUUGAUAAGAGAUUUCCCAAGUCUUUCCAAAAAAUAUAAAUCAGUAAAUUCGUUAAAAAAAGAAGAGUACUUAAUGGGGGAAAAAAAAUCUUGAUACUUUUGCACCAAAUAACUACCAGUGUUUAAUAGCUACAUUACAAGAAUAGUGCAAAAGAAUAAUUUUUGUUGAGUUUAAAUUUAUAGUAUAUAUAUGUACGUUUCGUCUGAACCAGUGAUUCAACUGAAUCGUCUUAGUCGCAGUAAAGUUACCAUUUAAUUGUAGAAAUCUAUUAAUUUGCGAUGGUCACGAAAUGAAGUGAAUAGAGUCGAUAGAGUCCUAUGAUCGUAAACUACUAAAACUGACUUAAGUAACAUCAAGUUAAAAAAAAAAAAGUAAAACAAUUCCUUUCUGACAUGUUUAAAAAAUCGAUAAUAUAUAAAAUCAUUUAUAUGUAAUUGUUGAAAUUUUACGUAGAACUCAUGUAUACAUCACAGACAAAAGUUUAACAUAAAGGUUCAGUUAUAAUCUAUGGAAAAACCGAACACAUCAAACUAUAUCAACUACAUUGUUAUUCUUUGUUUCAAAGUGCAAAAUGAACAUAAUUCUAAACAAUUUGCUCGUCCAUUAAUAAUCAAAGCAGUAGUACGCUUACCAUUCUGCUAAAAACAUUCGGUAGGAACGUUAUUGACAGAUUUGCUAAGAAUGCUACCGACACAUUGUUGAAAUAUAAUAAAUUUUAUUACUGA